AUGGCACCACCGCCAGAUAUCUUCUCUACUAAUGGUACUAAAAAUAUUAUCACCAAUGGUACCAAUGCUAAUAACGCUUCAACUAUUAUUACUGCCUCUUUUCAUAAACAUCAAAAAUGGUUAAAUGAUAAAAAGCAAUAUAUCAUGUACGCAAUACUAAUUAUUGCUUUGUUAUUCAUUUUAUUUGGCAUAUUUAUGAUUUUUGGACGUCAUAGCAAGAAUAUAAUUGCAAGAGUAUCAGAAUACGAAAAAAUUCGAAAUGUUGAAAAUGGAAGUAAUGAAUAUUCCAGUAUUUCUCCAUUACAACAAACCACAUAUAUCGAACAAACAACAUCAGAUCAGAAUUCUGGCCCUACAUCUAUGCCAACUACGAUUAUAAGCCAAAGUUUUGAUGCAUCACAAUGUGUGACACCGAUCGAAACCAACAAAUGCAUUCAAAUCCAGCGCAAAAAUUUUCAGAAUGACGGCAAAAUACCAUCAGAAGAAUUUGUAGCUCAUUUAGGGCAUUUUAUGGGAUGGCGUCCGAAGCAUUACGAGCUUAAUAUAACCAUUAAUCGAGAUGCGCGAACAUCUUUCACAGGGGAUAUCAACGUUUAUAUAAAAGCUGUUGAAUCAACUUCAUUAAUAUCAUUGCAUACUGGUCGAUCCAUCUCUGAUAUCACUGUAUCACAAAUAACAGCAUAUAAUUGUCAUACAGGAGAAGUUUCUUGUGUCGCAUCAAUAAUUUAUCAUCAAAAAGAUGAAGUGCUAUCAGUGGAAUUCACCGAAUCCAUUAGCGUUGGACAUAUUGUUGUCCUUCAAAUUAAAAAUUUUUCCAGUCCACAAGCUUCUGCUGGUCUAAUCGUUAAAAGGCCACAAACAUGGCAGCCUAAACGGCCAUGGACAGUAACCACGUUUUUCCAACUUCGUAAUGCCCGUUCAAUUUUUCCGUGUUUUGAUUUACCGAUUAUGAAAGCAACGAUGAAAAUGUGUAUCAAUCAUCCAGUUGGAACUGAAGCGCGAUCAAACACAAAAAUAUUAUCUAUUUCUAAAACCAACGAUCGAAUUGAAUCAUGCUUUGAACCCACACCACCAAUGAGUAGUUAUUUAUAUGCGUUUACCAUAUUUGACCGGAUGAGUUCAAUGAAGGAGGCAAAAAAACCAAGCGAACAUUUACCUGAAAUUGAAGUACUCUAUUCGGAAGAAGAUAAUUUCAUCAAACCUGAUUGGAUCAGCACUGAAGCAAUACAUGCUCUAAAAGUGAUGGCAAAUAUUAGCGAUUUCCAAUAUCCAUUGAGCAAAUUAAACUUAAUGGCAUCAUUUUUACCCGUUUAUGGGCUUGAAAAUUUGGGUCUUAUCAUAUUGGAUGAACGAUUUGUGGCCUAUCCGAAAUAUCGCUUGGCCCAUACAAUUCUUGCACAUGAAAUUGCCCAGCAAUGGAUUGGAAAUAUUGUUACGAUUAAGAAUUGGAAUGAAAUAUGUUUGCAGGAAGGAUUGAGCACCUAUUUGGAAUGGAUAAUCACAAAAUCAUUGGAUAAUUCGAGUGAAAUCGAUGAACUGAUUAGUGAAAAGCGUCGUGAAGGUAUUAUGAAAGAUAGCGCAUCCUCGACAAUUAUCAUUUCUGAAUUUCGUUCACCUGAGGAUAUUUCACGAUGUUUUGAUAAGCCAGCAACAUUUUUUGUUAUGCUUGAACUUGGAUUUGGACAAGGGACAGUGGCAAAAUUGAUCAAGUUACUUAUGCAACGAUACUCCUACGCCAAUGCUGGAAUAAUGGAAUGGCGACGAGUGAUCGAAGAAGUUACUAAUGACCAUCUCGCUGGUGAAUUCUUUGAGAAAUAUUUCACGCAGCCCGGUUUACCGCUUAUUCGUGUCUCUUCUACUACAGAGGGAUUAAAUUUGACACAAAGAAUGACAGUCGUAAAACGAGUGAUAGACAUGCCACCAGCUAUUAUACCAUUAGAUGUAGCUAUUAUUGAUGUACCCGACCGGACAGUGCUUAUUUUGAGUAAUGAAACAGAAGUGAUACCAUUGAAACAUAAUGGACUGAUGGUACUGGAUCCAGAUAGACGUACGCAUAGUAUAAUCGUCUAUGAACCCGAGGUUUAUUUACGUUUCAUGCAAUGCAUCGAAGUAUCCUCAUGUUCAGCAUUCUUAAAGCCAGAAAUGAUGAAACGUAUUUCGGACGAUUUUUGUUGGGCUUUUUUGGGUGAUCACUUUACUAUACCUGAAAAUAUGCCACAAAAAGCACGAAUUUGGAUGCAAUUUAUGCAAAUUUUAUCGGGAACAAAAUAUGUGCACGGAUCUUGCGCAUGCUGCAUGAAUAAGAAUUUGGAAAAAUCAGGGUCGAUAAGAUGUAGUUGGCAUUGGAAUGAUGUAUGUGAGAAACUUAACUUGCUCAAACAAAUUCAACAUUUCGCAUAA